CUCACCACCUACGCCUACAAGGGAUGACGGCCGCCGAGACUCUGUCAAGCGGUCCUGGCGGCAGCUUAGCACAGGCCGACCCAAGUCUGUACGCCGCCUUCUUCCUCCUCCCAAUCAUCACCGUCCUCGGCUUCAUCAUCCCCUUCCUCUACCUGUUCCCCCCAGUCCCUGCCACCAAGGCCGACGCCCUGGAACGGACUCAUACCCGUCUGGGCCUUACAGAAGAGGAGAGCAACCUCAGGGACCAGUUUGCGGCCCGGCACCACGGUGAUAGUUCGGGCCACGGAAAGCCGAAGGUCCAGGCGCUAUGCAUCUACCCCGUGAAAUCGUGCAAAGGCAUUGAGAUCACCCGCUCCCGCGUACUGCCCAGCGGUCUCGAGUUCGACCGCCUGUACACCUUUGCGCAGCUUCGGAGCAAGUUUCCCCUCCCCGCUAACCCCACCGAGGGCGGAGCCGUAAAGGAAGAGGAGAAGAAGGCGGACAUGGCGGACAAGGCGGACAAGGGGGGCGAGAUCCACUCGUGGGAGUUCAUCACGCAGCGUCAGUUCGGCCUGCUGGCCAACGUCAAGGUGGACGUCUGGGUCCCGGAUCCGGCUAAACAGAAAACCCGUCCGGCCGAGGCACAGAGCGAAGGAUGGGACGAGGAGGCGUGGAUUGUUCUCCGGUUUCCCUGGCGUGAUGCUGGUCUGAGAGGCUUCCUGUCCCUCGUGGCGGCCAAGAUAGCACGGGGGUGGGAUGCCGUCCCGGAGAAGGAGGUCCUGGUCCCCGCCGGUUUCCCUUCGGAAGCGGAUAUCAAGGCGAGAGGGUACAAGUAUGAGGAAGUGCGCAUCUGGAGGGACACCGUUGAGGCGUUGAAUUUGGGCCGGGAGCUGCCGGAAGAGUUGAGGUUCUAUUUGGGUGUUAGUAACCCAUUAGGUCUUUUCAUGAUCGACCCCGGAAGGCAAAGAGAUGUAUACCGUUGCGCGCCGAGGCGGGAGCAGGCCGGAUACCAGCCUAUUGUUGGCUUCCAGGAUGCUUAUCCACUUCAUCUGAUGAGCUUGAGCAGCUUCCAAGACUUUGACUCCAUGGUUGCCAAGGACGAGGAUAUCAAACGGCUUGACAUCAGCCGCUUUCGAGCCAACAUCAUAACCUCCGGAGUCCCAGCAUAUGAAGAGGAGAAGUGGAAGUCGAUCCGUCUCAACCCGGGAUCCUCGAGCCUCAGCAACGUCGCUGAUUUCCACGUUUCCUGUCGCACCGUCCGCUGCAAGCUGCCCAACGUCGACCCGGCUACCGGUAUGCGACACCCCGCCGAGCCGGACAGGUCGCUGCGGAAACAUCGCAAUGUCGAUGCUGGAGCGCCAUUGUUGGGAUGCCUAGGGAUGCAGAUGUGUCCGCUAUUCGAGGAUGCAGAAGAUGCCCAGAGUGAGGAUUUGCGGACCUGGGUAGAGGUCGGCAUGGACAUCGACGUCCUGGCGCAGGGCGAACACCUCUACAUCAAGCAGUGAGAAAUAGACCUGGGCGACUGAGCAUGCGGUGACAUGCGCUGCUAAAGAGUAGUAGUUGGGGUAGGAGAUUAAACUCAAAUAUCAAAAUCAUCUGCAAAAAAAUAGGGGGAUAUCAA